AAUUGUAAAAAAUAUCAUAUAUACUGUCAUGCCUCCAUGUUGUGAUGGCGCUGUCAUCAAGGUAGAUGUUGUAAAAAGACAGAGGAGGGAACGCUCUGAUGGAGAGCGGAAGCGAAUUGUUUAGGUGGAUUGGUUAUAUUAAUUUUCUUCAAACUUCAUUUUUUUUUUUUUUUAAUAAAUAUUUGUGUUGUUAACUGGUUACCAUUUAUUUGGCCAAUUGUGAUUUUGGGAAGUAUCUGAGUGAAGAAGGGAAAAGGAGGAAAAAUUAUACAUAAUAUCACAGCACGCUCUCAUACGAGAAACAGAGCAUAAAUCAAGGUAUGAGAUUUAUCAUAUUCUGUUUAUGAAAAACAUUUUAAGAAUUGAAUUAUGAGAAGUAUUGAUUUUAAGUGAUAUUCUGAAAGAGGAGAAUAAUUGUAUUAGAUAGUAGAGAGUUGUAGGAGAUUUAGAGAAAUUAUAAUUAUUUUGGGAAUAGAAAUAAAUAGAACAAUUAUGUUUAACAUAAGGGGGAUGAAAAAAGAAGAUUUGGUAGUAGCUGCCGAAGAAUUAGGUUUAGAAGUAAAAUCGGAGCAUAAAGUUGUUGAUUUAAAGGAUUUGAUAGAAAAAAGUGAUCAAUUUAAAAAUGACUUUGAUUUUGUUAAAGAAUUUUUAAUUACUACAGUUUCCGAACGUAUUGAACGAGAGAAAAAAGAAGCAGAAUUGUUAAAUGCAGAAAAGAAUCAAAACAAAACAACAACUGAAGCAGCAUUAGAACUCGAGAAGACUAGGCUUGAGAUUGUUAAAGCACAAUUAGAAUUAACUAGAAUGCAGACAGAGAGUAAUAGCUGUAACUCCAAUGUAGGGAAUGAUUUUAGUUCAAAUAAUAAUAACUUAGAAACAUUAAUCAAAAGCGUUAAAACUUUAACUAUUUCCGUUCCUAGUAAACCCGAAUCUUGGAAUUUAUUUUUUACGUCUCUUGAAAAAGCAUUUGUAAUAAAAAAUGUUCCGGAAGAAUUAAAAGUCGAAAUAUUAUUUAACUUGUUAGGUGAACGAGCGGCACAUUUGGUAGUUUAUGCAAACGCGGAAGAAAUAAAAGAUUAUCCUAAAGUUAAAGCUUUAAUUUUAAAAGAAUUUCAACCUACCCCAGAAGCCUGUCUAGAAAACUUUCUAAACGCCAAAAGAUCUAAAAAUGAAAACCAUAUGCAAUUUGCUAGUAGACUAAGAGCCAAUUGGGACUUUUAUUGUGAACUUAAAAAUGUAAAAGAUUUUGAAACGCUGAAUGAAUUAAUAGUUAGCGAUAGAUUACUAAGUGCGUUAGACAACGAAACUCGAAGCUAUGUUAGAAUAAAACAAUUAGAUACUUGGCUUAAACCUAGGCAGAUCGCUGAAUUGUGCGAUAAUUGGUUUACCUCUAAAGGUAGAAAUUUUUCAGAAUUGUAUGAUAAUUCGGUUAACAAUCGCAAUCCGAAUGGAAACACUAAGUAUGUUCCACCACCUUUGAGAAAAUCCCCAUUUACUAGAGAAAACAAAUAUUUUCCCCACACACGCGAAUGUUAUAUCUGUUCUAGUAACUCACAUAUGGCUAAGAGUUGCCCAAAUAGAAGAAAUAAAUACUAUGAUCAAUCAAAUAAAGCCGGUAAUGAUAUUCAAAACAAAACGCGAAGUAACACACAAACGUCUAUGAAUAAAUCCAGUGAUAAUACUGCAGUUGUUACAAAUGUAAAUUCGAAACAUUUGCAGAGUUCUAAAACUUUAAAUGAAAUUAAUUUGUACCCGUUACAAAAAGUCACCAUUUCUAUUGCAAGUAGACAAAUAGACGCGAUCAUUGAUAGCGGGGCUGAGAUCUCUAUUUUGAAUACGACCCUACUUCCGUCUUUAGAAAUAGAAGCUAAGGGAAAAAUAAUUUUACAAUCCGCAUUUAAAGAACAAGUCGAGGCGAAAUUAGCUAUAUUGCCAGUUUAUUAUAAGAACCCUGACGAUUGUCUAUUUUAUAGUUCAAAUAUUUUGUUUGCUUUAACAGAUAAACUAAACAUCCCUUGUUUAAUUACACCGGACGCUUAUAAUUCUUUGAUUUAUCAAAAUGAUGAUUCAGCUAAAAUCGAAAACACUUUAGUUUUAGAAUGCGACACGUCAGUAGACGAGGGGGAAGAAAUGAAUAAAAGUUCAUCAAGGUCAGAGGAUUCAUUUUCACAAUCAGAAGAAAGUGAAACAGGGUGCGGUAUUUAUUUAAUGUCGAAUACUAAUAAAUUAUGCAGUUCUAGCGAUGAAUAUUCGGAGGCUAAUAAAUUUCGAGAAAUGCAGAAAGAUUGUUUAACUUUAAAGAAUUCUUUUAAAGAUGCUAGUUUGAAAAAGAAUAAUUUCUUUUUGCGGGAUGAUUUAUUAUUUCAUAAAGAUAAAAUUUGUGGCGAUACAAUAUAUCAAUUAGUAUUACCUAAAAUUUAUAGGGAUAAAGUUCUUCAAUUAGCUCAUAAUGAGAAUCAUUUAGGAAUACGAAAAACUAAGGAACGCAUAAAAUUAUCUUUUUAUUGGCCUAAUGUUUCAAAAGAUGUUGAAAAUUAUUGCAAAACCUGCAAAAAUUGUCAAUUAAAAAGUCCGGAGCGAAAAUCUGAUAAAAUUCCUAUAACCCCUGUCGUUAGAGCUCCAUAUCCUUUUCACACGGUAAAUAUAGAUUUAAUUGGAGAAAUUGUUCCACCCUCGGGUAGAAAACAUAAGUAUUGUUUAUGUUUAAUUGAUCAAAAUUCUAGAUGGCCCGAAGUCGUCCCACUAAAAAAUUUGUCUGCUAAGACAACAUGCGAUGCCCUUUUAGAGAUAUUCAUGCGUACCGGAAUUCCAGAAGUAAUUUGCAGUGACCAGGGUACUAAUUUUACUUCGCAAUUGACGAAAGAAUUUGAAAAUAGGUUAGGAGCAAGUCCUCGAUUUUCCACUCCAUCUUACCCAGCUUCAAAUGGUUUAGUAGAGAAAUGGAAUAGGGUAUUUAAACAGAUGUUACACCAUGUUAUCCGUUCAGAUCCUACCGAUUGGGAUAAACAUAUUCCAUAUUUACUUUUUGCGUACCGCGAAGUACCAAAUUGUACGACGGGAAUAUCUCCUUUUAAACUUAUGUAUGGACGCGAAGCUAGAGGCCCUUUGUCAGUUCUAAAAUCUUCUUGGUCAGGUGAGAUUCCAUUACCCUUAAAUCUUAGCAAUUCGGCUGUAGAUUAUUUACAGGAAUUAAAAAUAAAUUUGGAAAAGGCGGCAGAUCUCGCUUCUUUGACUACAACUAAGAAACAAAAUUCUUACGCUCAUUAUUUUAACCGAAGUACAAGAAUGAAAGAGUUUAAGAAAGGUGAAUUAGUCUAUUUACUCAUUCCGGAUUCUUCGAAUAAACUGUACGCAAGAUGGACAGGACCAGGCGAAAUAAUAGAACGAGUUAAUCCUAAUUCAUAUAAGGUUAAAUUACCAGAUGGCAAUGUGCGACAUAUUCAUGCUAACAAAAUAAGACAUUUUCAUGCUAGAACACAAACCGUGGGAGUUAUUUUUGAAGAUGAUGUUGAAUUUGGUGAAAUUCAUCCUACACCAAUUAUAACACCUUCGUUAGGAAAAGAUGACAUUGAGGUAGAUGUUAGUCAUUUAGAAGAAAGUAAACAAACAGAGUUGCUUGAACUUUUGCACAAGCAUGCAUCAUUAUUCUCCGGUAAAGUACAAGUCGCUAAUGUAGGUGAACAUAAAAUUCGAUUAAUACCAGGUGCUGAGAGGAAGAAACCCUACAUUUACAAAAUCCCCGAAUCUUUAAAGACUGAAGUUGACAAACAAAUUUCAGAAUUAGAAAAUCUAGGUCUUAUUGAGCCCAGUGAAGCAGACAUUGCGUACCCAGUAGUUUGCGUGGCAAAGAAGGAUGGUAGUAUGCGUUUAUGCAUCGAUUUCAGACAUUUAAAUGCUGUAACAAAACCCUUUGAUUACCCAAUGGAAAAUUCAUCAGAUCUCAUCAACCAAAUUGGACAUGCUAAAAUUAUAACUUGCCUAGAUGUAUUAAAAGGGUACUGGGAAAUUCCUUUAGAAGAGGAAAGCCGUGAUCUUACUUCAUUUAAAACUCAUCGAGCCCAAUAUAGAUGGAAGGUAAUGCCAUUUGGUCUCCGCAACGCAGCAGCUUCUUUUCAGAAAGUGAUGAACAGUGCUUUAAGUGAAUAUCGUGAAUUCUGCAAAGCAUAUCUCGAUGAUAUAGCUAUAUUUUCUUGUGACUGGGAUACACAUCUUAAACAAUUAGAUAUGGUACUGUCUAAAUUAACUGAUCUAAAAUUCACUGUUAAUGUCAAGAAAUGUGUUUUCGCAAAAACACAAAUCAAGUAUUUAGGUCAUAUUAUAGGAGAUGGUAGACAUGAACCAGAUCCUGAAAAGCUUCGUGCUAUUGAAAUCAUCGAAACACCUAAAACCAAGUCAGCUUUAAAAAGUGCUUUAGGUCUCUUUAAUUAUUACAGAAAUUAUAUACAAAAUUAUGCUGAGAUAGCAAAACCACUGACGGAUUUAACCAAAAAGAAAGUUCCAGAGCUUAUUCCUUGGACUGACGUAGAGGAAUUAUCCUUCCAAAAACUAAAGAAGAAGUUGAUUGAAGCUCCUUCUCUUUAUACUCCAGAUCCUAAAAAACCGUAUGUUAUACAGUGUGAUGCAAGUUCCUAUGGUGUUGGUGCUUGCUUAUCCCAAAGAGAUGAUAACGGUCAACUUUGCCCCAUCAGUUUUGCUAGCCAAAAACUGAACAAAGUGCAGCAGAACUGGGCUACGAUUGAACGUGAAGCGUAUGCUGUAGUAUGGUCGAUUAAAAAGUUCGAAAAUUACGUGUUUGGUGCGAAUAUUGACAUUAUAACUGAUCAUAAUCCUUUAAUAUUUUUACAGAAGUCAGCACCCCAAUCUGCUAAGUUGCAACGGUGGGCUUUAGCUCUCCAAAGGUACAAUAUUCAUAUCACACACUGCCCAGGUGCUCAAUUAAAAAAUGCUGAUGGUCUAUCAAGACUAGUAAGUGAUUAAAUGUUUUGUGUACUUAUUAAAAAACAAUCUAACAUAUAUGAUAACCUGUUUUAUAACAAGGCUUCUUUUCAUCUGUAAAUAUAUAUAUGAGUAUUAUUGAAAUUGAAUAUCUAUUGCAAUAUCGUAUCAAUUGUAUCAAGGAUUCUUUUCAUCUGUAAUUGUUUAUACAUACCAGUUUUAUAGAAAUUUGAUUUGUUUAUUGUAUAUAUUAUGUGUUAUAGCCAGGCAACUAUACAUCUGUCAUAUUUCUACUAUUUUCAUUUUGCAUAUUUUAUGUGUAAGUAUUUGUAACAAGUAUUCUAUUCAUAUGUUUUAUUUACAAUUAAGUGUUAAAUAUAUUUUUAUAUAUAUAUUAUCCUAUUGUGUGGAUCAGAUUUCGCUAUACCAGGUGUAGCGCAAUCUUGUCGGAGGGGUGUCAUGCCUCCAUGUUGUGAUGGCGCUGUCAUCAAGGUAGAUGUUGUAAAAAGACAGAGGAGGGAACGCUCUGAUGGAGAGCGGAAGCGAAUUGUUUAGGUGGAUUGGUUAUAUUAAUUUUCUUCAAACUUCAUUUUUUUUCUUUGUUAAUAAAUAUUUGUGUUGUUAACUGGUUACCAUUUAUUUGGCCAAUUGUGAUUUUGGGAAGUAUCUGAGUGAAGAA